AUGGCUGAUCUGAAGGUCUCGCAGCCCACGGACUCGGCUCCAGCAGCCAAGGACGUCAGCGUCCAGACAUUCGAAAGGCAGUCCACCUCAGACAUCGAGUCUGCGCAGGAGAAACGGCCGGAACUAAAAGCGGUGCAACGGAAAGUCGAUCUCCGUAUCCUACUAUGGUACUCCUUCAUCUACCUGAUCAUGCGAAUCAACGUCUCCAACAUCACCAACACGGCCAUCAUGAACGAAACCCAAGGCGACGACAUCCGUCAGCAGCUGCAUCUCUCUUCGCAGCAGUGGGCCUGGGUGCUCAGCAUCUUCUACUAUCCCUACGCGGCCUUUGAGCCCGCGUCGACGCUGCUGCUGAAGCGUUUCAAGCCGAACAUCUGGAUGAGUCGCAUCAUGGUCACUUGGGGCAUCGUCUCGAUGUGUCAAGGAGCAACGCAGAAUUACUCCAGCAUCCUUGCUUGCAGAUUCCUGCUGGGCCUCGCGGAAGCCGGCUACUAUCCUGGCGUGCUUUAUCAUCUGUCCUUCUGGUAUCCUGCCGACAGCAUGGCAUUGAGGAUUGCCUUCUUCUACGCGUGUGGCCAAUUUUCGGGAACUGUUAGUGGAUUGUUGGCAUAUGCCCUGUCUUUCAUCAACGGCGCGGGCGGCUUGGCUGCGUGGCGAUGGGUGUUCAUCAUCGAAGGCAUCCCGCCAAUUCUGCUCGGAGUCACAACUUUCUUCUGGCUCCCCAACUACCCCGAUGAGAAGGCCAACUUUGUCAGCGCCGAGGAACGACAGGUGAUUGUCGACUCGCUGCCAAAGACGCAACCCAGAGGCUCCGCGAAGACAUGGAACCUCGACCAGGUCAAGGCGUUGUUGUGCGAUCCGACGUCGUCGACCUUCACGUUAAUUUGGGUGUUCCAUGCCAUAGGUGGCUGGGGGGUUGGGACUGUGCUGCCGACAGUCAUCUACGAGCUCGGCCUGACUGGGACUGCUGAUGCACAGCUGAUGACAAUGCCCGCGUACGCCUUCGGAUGCGCGUCACUCGUCUUCAUCGGCUGGCUCAUCCACACUAAGAGGCUGGUCUCAUGGGUAGCCGCAAUCUUACUCGAAAGUAUUGCGUGCGCGUGCUAUGUCAUCCUCAUCACCGUGGACAUCCCGUCGGUGAAAUAUGUGUUCGUCACGAUUGCGUUGGCCUGCUCGAUUUGCAUCUACCCCAUCAUCUGGCCGGAGCGUAUCCGAGCGGCACACGGAACGACAGCAGCCGGGCUUGCGAUUGGACUCACAAAUGCCUCCGCCCAACUCUCUGGCAUCGUCGGCCCACAGGUAUAUCAGCCCAAGUUUGGUCCGAGAUAUCGAGUGAGCUUCUCGAUAUCCAUUGGGUUGCUUGCCGGCGCCAUUGCCAGCAUUUGCGCAACGUGGUACCUCGUGGCGAAGCGAGACCGAGAGCGGUCGAAUACCAUUCUGGAUGAGGUUCCGAGUGUGCAAGAGGCGAUUGUGACGGAAGAGAAGGUAGCGUAG